CCCUCCGCCUCCACACCGAUCUAGGGUUUUCCUGCUAGGGUUUCUCCGGCGGCGGCGCAAGAUGUCGGAGAGGAAGACGGGAUCCGUCAAGUGGUUCAACUCCACCAAGGGCUUCGGCUUCAUCACCCAGGAGGACGGCGGCGAGGACCUCUUCGUGCACCAGUCCGUCAUCAAGGCCGACGGCUACCGCAGCCUCAACGACGGCGAGGCCGUCGAGUACGUGGUCGUGCACGGCGACGACGGGCGCACCAAGGCGGACGAAGUCACCGCGCCAGGAGGGGCCAACCUCCCCGGCGGCCCUCGCCCCAGCGACGGAGGUGACCGCGGGGGUCGCGGCGGCGGAGGCUACGGUGGCGGCGGCUACGGCGGCGGCGACCGCUACGGAGGCGGUGGCGGCGGGUACGGAGGUGGCGGUGGUGGCUACGGAGGUGGCGGCGGCGGCUACGGAGGAGGCGGCGGCGGCCGUGGCUGCUACAAGUGCGGCGAGGAGGGCCACAUCUCCAGGGACUGCCCUCAGGGCGGCGGCGGCGGCUACGGAGGUGGUGGUGGCGGCUACGGAGGCGGCGGCGGCUACGGCGGCGGCGGUGGUGGCCGUGGGUGCUACAAGUGCGGCGAGGAGGGCCACAUCUCCAGGGACUGUCCUCAGGGCGGCGGCGGUGGGGGCGGCUACGGCGGUGGUGGCGGCGGCGGCAGUGGCCGUGGGUGCUACAACUGCGGCGAGGAGGGCCACAUCUCCCGCGAGUGCCCCAAGAAGUCGUACUAGGCGCUGCAACCAGUCAGAUCUGACUCCGGUGGUUCCUUUACCUCCUUUACUCUGCAGCAAGUAAUACCUAAUCUAUAUUCGCUAGUAGUCGCGUUUCCUGUGUUGCUCGUAUGAAGAAGACUGAUGAUCCGUGUGAUGGGAUCUUUGCUGUUGGAUGAUGGUUCCAGAAGAACUGCUGGUCUUGUGUUCGUUUCAA